CACUACUAGGCUGUGGUAUUAUUGUCAUCACUAACACCAAUAAAAACAUACGCGGUGGCGGCGCAAAUUUUUAGUUUCUCCUUGGAAAAUUGGAAAAACUACUGCAAUAGAAGGCAGUUGAGCUACAAAAAACAUAUGAGGUGAUAUAGGCUCUAAAGAAAUUUAAUUAAGGCCAAGGGUUGCUGUGCCCCGCAUCAUUUGGAAAAACUGAUCGGUUCACGAUGUCGUCGACGUCGGCGGCUGCUACCAAUACAGCUCCUGCAAAACCAGAGGUUCGCUACCUGACCGAGGUCCCCAGCAGCCUGAAGCAACUGGCGCGCCUCGUGGUGAGAGGUUUCUACUCCCAGGAGGAUGCCCUCAUUAUUGAUAUGCUGGUGCGGAAUCCCUGUAUGAAGGAAGACGACAUUGGAGAGCUGCUGCGUUUCGAAAAGAAGCAGCUCCGAGCAAGGAUCACUACUCUGCGGACCGACAAGUUCAUCCAGAUUCGUUUGAAAAUGGAGACAGGGCCAGAUGGUAAGGCUCAGAAGGUUAACUACUACUUUAUCAACUACAAGACCUUUGUGAACGUGGUGAAGUACAAGCUGGAUCUGAUGCGAAAGCGCAUGGAGACGGAGGAGCGAGACGCCACCAGUCGCGCCAGCUUUAAGUGUUCCAUGUGCUCCAAGACGUUUACAGACCUCGAAGCAGAUCAGCUCUUCGACAUGGCCACGCAGGAGUUUCGAUGCACAUACUGCGGUAGCUCCGUGGAGGAGGACAGUGCUGCCAUGCCCAAGAAAGACUCGCGACUUUUGCUGGCCCAUUUUAACGAGCAGCUGCAGCCCCUUUACGACCUACUCCGUGAAGUGGAGGGCAUCAAGUUGGCGCCUGAAGUGCUUGAGCCGGAGCCCGUGGACAUCGAUACGAUUAGAGGGCUGACCAAGCCCAAUUCCAUGCGGCCGGAUAGCAUGCAGUGGUCGGGAGAGGCAACACGAAACCAAGGCUUUGCCGUGGAGGAAACUCGCGUGGAUGUCACCAUCGGUGGCGACGAUGCGGCGGACAAUGUGGUAGAACGCAAAUCUCGUCCGAUCUGGAUGACGGAGAGCACUGUGAUAACCGACACGGAUGCCACCGAUGGCGGAACUCAGGACACGGCGCAAUCCAGCGGAUCCGGACAUAGGAACCGAAAAGAGAAUGAGGACAUCAUGUCAGUGCUGCUGCAGCACGAAAAGCAACCAGGCCAGAAGGAGUCACACAUGAAGGGCAUGCGUGUGGGCUCUUCGAACGCAAACUCUAGCGAUUCCAGUGAUGAUGAAAAGGAUAUCGACAACGCCAAGAUUCCUGACGUCGAUUUUGAUAAUUACAUUAAUUCGGAAUCCGGGGAGGACGACGACGAUGUGCCCACUGUGCUGGUGGCUGGACGACCACAUCCCCUCGACCAGCUAGACGACAACCUGAUAGCUCAGAUGACUCCCCAGGAAAAAGAGAACUAUAUACAUGUCUACCAGCAGCAUUACAGCCACAUAUACGAUUGAGGGCAUUCUGUUGGAUUCGUUUUGCUGUCGUUUCUCCCCCUCAUCUAACAAUUAGAUUCAUUUUAAUUGUAAGUUAUCCCAUAGGUUCAGAAAUUUUGUACAAAAUAAUUUCAUAUAAAAGUGAGCAUAUACUAAAGCGUGAAUAUCUAAA